UUCCGGGAAGAGGACGAGCAGCCAAUAUGGCGGCGGAGCGCGGCGCUGGGCAGCAACAGUCGCAGGAGAUGAUGGAGGUUGACAGGAGAGUGGAAUCAGAGGAGUCAGGUGACGAUGAAGGAAAGAGACACAGCAGCGGCAUUGUGGCAGACCUCAGCCAGCAGAGCCUGAAGGACGGGGAGCAGCAGGGUGAAGAGAACCCACAAGAGGAACAUGAGCUGGCUGUGGACAUGGAGACCAUUCACCUGGACAAAGACGCGGAGGACGUCGACCUGAACCACUAUCGCAUCGGGAAGAUCGAAGGCUUUGAGGUGCUGAAGAAGGUGAAGACGCUGUGCCUUCGUCAGAACCUCAUUAAGUGCAUUGAGAACCUGGACGAGUUGCGUGGUCUCCGCGAAUUGGAUCUUUAUGACAACCAGAUCAAGAAGAUUGAGAACCUAGAAUCCCUGACAGAGCUGGAGAUUCUAGAUAUCUCUUUUAAUCUGCUAAGAAACAUUGAAGGGAUCGACAAACUGACCCGACUGAAGAAGCUCUUCUUGGUCAACAAUAAAAUCACUAAGAUUGAGAACCUGAGUGCUCUCCAGGAGCUGCAGAUGCUGGAGCUGGGCUCGAACCGCAUCCGGGCCAUUGAAAACAUUGACACACUAACCAGUCUGCAGAGUUUGUUUUUGGGAAAAAACAAAAUUACUAAACUUCAGAACCUGGAUGCACUCACCAACCUGACUGUCCUCAGCAUGCAGAGCAACCGGCUGACCAAGAUCGAGGGUCUUCAGAGUCUGGUGAACCUGCGCGAGCUGUACCUCAGCCACAACGGCAUCGAGGUCAUCGAGGGCCUGGAGAACAACAACAAACUCACCAUGUUGGACAUCGCAUCCAACAGGAUCAAGAAGAUUGAAAAUGUCAGCCACCUAACAGAGCUGCAGGAAUUCUGGAUGAACGACAACCUGCUGGAUUGCUGGAGUGACCUGGACGAGCUGAAGGGGGCCCGGGGCCUGGAGACCGUGUACUUGGAGCGAAACCCCCUGCAGAGGGACCCACAGUACCGGCGCAAGGUCAUGCUGGCCCUGCCCUCUGUGCGGCAGAUCGACGCCACCUUCGUCAGGUUCUGAGGCCUCCACACCUCAGCUGGCCCCUCUCAGAACUCCCAGCCACAGUUUUUAAUCCACCUGUUGCUCUCGAAGUCGUCGCUACAGCAAGUCACAAGCCCAGUGGCACAAAGAAGGCGCAGACGACACUCGUGUGUGAUGCUCUAUUAAACCUUGCCACCGUC